UUACCUUUGACGCGAUGAACCUCCGGCUGCUCUCGCUCGUCGUGCUCCUGAGCCUCCUCAGCGUCUUUGCCCGCGCGGACGAGCUCGACGAUGCUGCGUUUCACGAUGGCAUCGACAUCGAGCCCGAGGCCGUGCCCCAGGACGGCCGCCCGCAGAUCACGCAAGAGAUGUUUGAGCAGAUGCUGAGCCAGCUCUCGCCCGUCUGCCGCGAAGCCAUCGAGGCCAACCCGAACGACCCGAGCCAGGUGUCGGAUGAAUGCAAGGCCGAGAUCCAAGGCGCCAUGGGCAAGGUCAUGGCCGCCGGGAACCCGAACGACCCGAUCACGCCCGAGAUCUUUGCCAAGAUGAUGGAGAAGCUGCCGGCCAACUGCCGCGCCGAGAUCGAGGCCAACCCCACGGACGCGUCCAAGCUCUCGGAAGACUGCAAGUUCAAGAUCCAGAAGGCGCUCUCGAAGCUCUUGCCGAAGGACGCCAAGCCGUCCAAGGCCAAGACAGCGUCCAAGGCCGACGACGACGAGGCACCCAAGAAGAAGUCGAAGGGCGGCAAGGCGAAGCGCGGCAAGAAGUCCAAAGACAACAGUGAAAAGACCCGUCCGCUCCUGAUCGUGCUCGCGUUCGUCGUGACGGCCUUUGCGGGCCUCAGUGCGUACGCCUACACGCUGUACCAGAAGCAAGGCCCAGUCGUCAAGGCGACAGCCAAGAAGCUCAGCAAGAAGAAGCUCGAGAAGACGCUCCGCAAGGAACGCGCGGCCGCUGCCAUGUAAACCCAAUACAUACACUGUAUUGCUUUUUGACAGAAUGAAAUGCUGUGGCUUGUACAGCGAACCGGUA